CUCAGUUUUUGAUUUCUUCUUCUGUAAGGUUUCUUCUGCUUUUUUUUUCACAAUGUCGAAUCGUGGUGUUUACGGCGGCGCUGGUCGUGGUGGCAGAGGAGGACGGAGGUCUGACCAGUCUUCUGCUCAUGGUGGCCGUGGUGUUCGUUCUCCGUCUGAUCAGUCUUCUGCUCAUCGUGGCCGUGGUGUUCCUGUGUCUCGGGGGAGAGGCCGUGGUAACGUCGGAUCCGGAGAUCCUACGGCGAGUCAAGUUCCUGUUACUGCUGGGAGAGGCCGUGGUAACGUCGAAACCGGAGAUCCGAGGGCGAGUCAAGUUGCGUCUUCAUCGAAGACGACGGUGUCUGUUGCUUCGUCUUCGUCUAAAGAGGGAAGCAAGGUUUCUUACGCUGCUGCUGCGGGGAUUUCGAAGCUUCAUAUUACUCCAGCGGAGACGAAACCAGAGGCUACGCUUCCACCGGAGUCGUCGAAGGCGGUGACACGUCGGUUACGGCCAGGAUUUGGUAUUAUGGGGAAGGAAAUCACUGUCCGUGCGAAUCAUUUUCUUGUUCAAUUUGCGGAUCGUGAUCUCUACCACUACGAUGUUUCGAUAAAUCCUGAGGUGAAAUCAAAGGCAGUGAACAGGAAAGUGAUGAAAGAAUUGGUUGAAACAUUUAAAGAUUCUGACUUGGGAGGGAAGACUCCUGCGUAUGAUGGAAGGAAAAGCAUGUAUACUGCUGGUGCUUUACCUUUUGAAUCGAAAGAUUUAGAUGUGAAUCUGACGGCUGAUGCUUUUUUUGGGAAGGACAGAGAGUUUAAAGUUGCUAUAAAGAAGGCGUCAUCAAGACCUGAUCUCGAUCAGUUGCGACAGUUUUUGAGUCAGAAGCAAAGAGAUGCUCCCUCUGAUGUUAUCCAAGUUCUUGAUGUUGCUCUCAGGGAUACGCCCUCUCAAAAGUAUGUCUCUGUUGGGAGGUCUUUCUUCAGCACUGUUUUUGGUACGGGUGGGCUUGGAGAUGGUAUUGACUACUGCAAAGGUUAUUUCCAAAGUCUAAGGCUAACUCAGAUGGGCUUGUCUCUUAAUGUCGACGUUUCAGCUAGAUCAUUCUAUGAACCGAUUCUUGUCACAGACUUUAUUAGCAAGUUUCUGAAUAUAAACAGACCACUUAGGGAGUCAGAUCGGCUUAAGGUGAAGAAAGCUUUGAAGACACUAAAAGUUACGUUGGUACAUUGGGAUAACAAAAAAAGUGCCAAGAUUACUGGGAUUUCCAGCUCUCCCAUCAGUCAGCUAAGGUUCACUUUAGAGGACAAAUCAGAGAAGACGGUUAUACAACAUUUUGCUGAAAAAUAUAAUCGUACGGUGCGUUACCAGCAUCUACCUGCUAUCCAAACUGGGAGUGACGCAAAACCUGUCUACAUACCCAUGGAACUAUGUAAAAUUGCUGAAAAGCAAAGAUACACCAAAAGGCUCAAUGAGAAGCAAGUGAAGGCGUUGCUAAGAGCUACCUGCCAACGACCUAAACAGAGAGAGGAUUCAAUCAAAGUGUUGGUUGAGGAAAAUAAUUAUAACGAUGAUCGUGUGAGCAAGGAGUUUGGGAUGUCAGUGACUCCCCAACUGGCCUCGAUUGAAGCUCGUGUACUUCCUCCGCCAUCGUUGAAGUACCGUGAUCAGAGUGGUAGAGAGACAAUAAUAAAUCCAUUGGUAGGACAGUGGAACAUGUGGGACUUGAAAAUGGUUAAUGGAGCAACAGUUGAUUCUUGGACUUGCGUAGCUUUUGGGAUUGACCAACGUUUACAGGAAGAGUUCUGCAACCAGCUGAUUAGGAUGUGCGUCAGCAAAGGAAUGCAAUUUAAUAGACAGCCUAUUAUUCGGCCCAUCUCUGAUUCGCCUGAAAGAAUUAAGGAAGCUCUCUAUGAUAUCCACAGAAGGGCACCUAAACUCCAACUACUGAUUGUUAUAUUACCUGAGGUGACUGGAUAUUAUGGAAAAAUCAAAAGGAUCUGUGAAACAGAAUUGGGGAUCGUCUCUCAGUGUUGUCAACCAGGAAAAGUUCGUGAAUUCAGUAGGCAGUACAUGGAAAAUGUCGCAUUGAAGAUCAAUGUCAAGACUGGGGGAAGUAACACUGUUCUUUCUGAGGCUAUCAGAAGAAACAUACCUCUUAUUUAUGAGAAGGCAACCAUAAUCAUGGGUGCUGAUGUGACUCACCCGCAACCUGGAGAUGACUCGAGUCCAUCUAUUGCCGCUGUUGUGGCCUCUAUGGACUGGCCUGAAAUAUCAAAAUACCGAGGAUUGGUUUCUGCUCAGGAUCAUAGGGUAGAAAUCAUUCAGGACCUGUAUAAGCUGGUAGAGGAUCCCCAGCGAGGGAAAGUCCACGCUGGUUUAAUAAGGGAACACUUUAAAGCAUUUAGAAAGGCUAUGGGCCGGAGACCUGAGAGGAUCAUAUUCUACCGUGAUGGGGUAGGCGAAGGGCAAUAUAACGAUGUUCUGUUCUAUGAGAUGAAUGCUAUACGCGAGGCUUGUAGCUCUCUCGAGGAGAAUUAUCUUCCUCGUAUCACUUUUGUGGUAGUCCAGAAACGACACCACACUCGUUUGUUCCCUGCUCAACACGAGAAACGUGAUAUGACUGAUAGGAGUGGCAAUAUUCUCCCAGGUACUGUGGUUGACACUCAAAUCUGUCAUCCAAAUGAGUUCGACUUCUACUUGAACAGCCACGCUGGUAUACAGGGAACAAGCAGGCCAGCGCAUUACCAUGUGCUUUACGACGAGAACGAUGUCUCAGCUGAUGCCUUUCAAACGCUAACCAACAACCUUUGCUACACGUAUGCAAGGUGCACGAAAGCAGUGUCAAUUGUGCCACCAGCUUACUACGCACACUUGGCUGUUUUCCGAGCUCGCUAUUACAUGGAGAGUGAGUUCUCAGAUGGAGGCUCGAGCAGGUCGAGGAACACAACAAGUGGAGGUUCAGUCGCUUCACAGCUCCCAGAAGUAAAAGACAACGUCAAGGAAGUGAUGUUUUAUUGCUGAUCAAGUGACGAUACCUCUCUAUUUGGCCAGUUUAUAUUCGGCUCUCGGUUUUUAUCUCCU